CCAAGUCUGAGCCUCAUCCACGACGCCGCACAGAAUCUUUAUUCUCGAACCUCAGCGCACAUUCAUCCACAACCCUCCCCCAUCCUCAAUUGCCUCAACUGUUCCAUUCAAUCUAAGCUACAGAUCCAAUCAGAGGUGCUACGCUAUGGAACGACGCUCGAGAAGUCAGAAAAAAGCACAGGUCGGCGCGGUGCCUAACCCGCGCGAGCAAACCCCGCCGAAACCCGUCCCUUCCUCGCCGACCUCUGCCUCGGCUUCUUCCUCUUCACCCUCCGCCGCCGCCGCGCCGCCGCGCAAAGUACCUUCGCUGACAGAGUUCUACCUAGUUGCGUACAACACCAUCUCUGCAUUUUUCUGGGCAGCAGUGCUUCUCCGCGUGGUUCUCAUCCUGCCUCUCCUCGGGCCCGAGAACGUCGCGGGCGGAACCGCCGACUUUGCGCGCUGGGUGCAGACCGGUGCGUUACUCGAGAUCGUGCACAGCCUGGUCGGGAUCGUGAAAUCCCCCGUGGUGACGACGGUGAUUCAGGUGUCCUCCCGCAUCUUGCUCACGUGGGGGGUCACGUAUCUGUUUCCAAAGUCGGGCGCGCGGCAUUUGGCGUACUCGACUAUGCUGAUUAGUUGGAGCGUGACGGAGAUCAUUCGGUACUCGUUCUAUGCGUCGAAUUUGAAGGGGUCGGUGCCGAAGUGGUUGACGUGGUUGAGAUACAACACCUUCUUUGUCCUGUACCCGUCCGGCGUCACCAGUGAAUUACUCGUAGUCUACGCGUCUUUGGACGACGCGAAGCAGUUCUCGGUGCUGUAUUACUACCUCUUGAUCGCCAUCAUGAUCAGCUACAUUCCCGGAUUCUACACGAUGUUUACUCAUGUCUUGAAGCAGCGUCGUCGCGCGAUGCGCCAGCUGAAAUAAAUCACAGAGCACGUUUGCUCUUUGCAGCAUAUUUACACUCGUCUAUAUGUACACUUGUCUAUAUUAUGUUGAAGGAGAAGAUAAUUGGCAGUUAUAUCAGUCGCAGUAAGUCGUUGGCCAGCUGGUCUGCCAGCUUGCGCCGUUCUUCUAAUGGUAAUCCAUCGCCUUGAGCUAUACAUCGCAGCAAGAGUCAGUACUAGUUCCUUAUAAGUAGAAUAAAUCAGAUAGAUCAAAACUCACCUCUAACCUCCUUCAUCCGCUGC